CGUCAAGAGCAAACGUGACUGUUUAGGUUACGACCCUGUCUUCAGACCGCAAUCUUCGACGCCAUCUGCGAUUCAACCGGCUCCCAAUCCGUCUCCUUCGCUGGUUGUCACCCCACAGGAACCCCCCACCAGCGCCUCCUACCCUGCGGCGCCUCCUGGCUACGUACCUGCAGUCUCUCAACCUUUCGCACCAUCCCUACCGUCCGAGUCAUCUGCGCCGUCAUCUACAGAACAAAGUCAAUUCAAUUACAGCGCGGCCAUUGACCCAUCGUUGGAGCAGAAUAACAAUCCUGGGAACAUGGCCAGCGUGCAGCAUGCGACAAAUGUCACUGAUGGGUUCUAUCAAGCCCCCAUCAAUGCGAGCGUGAAACAAGUUCAGAUUAGCGACCUACUUGCGCUUAGAGGCAUCCCUCCCCCACCCCCUCAUCCCGUCACUGCUCUCCCGCCUGGUCGCCUCGAAGAAAUCCAAGCUGUUUUUCUCGCGACAUAUGCUCCCGCCAUUGAUCGAUUUUUCGAGACCCCGUGGUUCCAACAGAAAGCCCUACCUCAUGUUAUGGCGAAUGCGCAACUUAUGGCAGAAUAUUCCGCAUUGAUCGACGCGUUCAAUGACCGAAAUCUCGAGGAUCCCAAUGUUGUCGCUCGAUUGGAGAGCUUUGAGGCAUCGGUCAUUUGGAGCACCAUAACCUUGUGCCGCCACGUAAUGAACAUGUCGAACGGAAACCAUGGGCAAGACUUUGAUCUGCUGGCGGCUUCGAAGCGUCUCGAUGUCAUGGAGGCUUUACUUACCGGCGAUCACGUGGAGACCAACCCAUUGGAGCAGUUCCCCGUUCGCCAACCCGCAGCCGACCCGCCAGCGCUUACAGUUCAAAUCACACAGCGGUCAUUGGAUUUUUGGAGUUGCCUCGGCCACUUCUUGACUCUCCACGAUAACGAAGCCAGUUCCGCCAAGGAGAUCGAUGACACAUUGGCCCGUUGCCGGACCCUUUUGGACACAACUGAAAACCGUGACGUGAUUUACUCGAUUGCUAUUGCCCGCCACCUUGGACAACGGUGGGCAGAUUUCCCGCACAGUCUUCCCCAGCCGAUCACGACCAACGAGAAAGAUGCGGGAGCGAAACUUUUUGUGGCGCAAAAGUUCCUAGAACAGCAAGCCAACGGAAGCGGUACCACCCAGGUCUCGAAACGGAUAUGCGGGAUGGCUGUUCGGUCGUGGUUUGUGUCUCGGGAGUAGGUGUGCACAUAAUUUUCCCUUUUCUUUCUUGCUUCUUUUUUCUUCUUGCUGCAUAUUGUACCAAAAGAAAAGCGUUUUGCAUGUUUGCAUUUUUUCUGUU